AGGUGUACCCGACAUUGCCUAUGAACGAUAAUACAAAAAGUUAAAAAAAAAGCAUGCGGCUAGGACAAGUUCUGUUAAGAAAAGUUAAAAUGAAAUACUGGCAACGUUAUGUUGAACGGGCUAUGUAUGAAAACUCAGGUCAUCGACUUAUUAGACGCCAUUAUCCCUUUGUUGGAUGGAAAGAAGUUAAAAAAACUGAUUGGUUUUACAACGAGCAUAGACCGUGGACAGAUGAGUUUAAAAGAGCCAAUGCACCCGAUCAAAAACACAAGAAGAUCUAUGUUCAGGAUAUUGACGAUAUGGCUUUGUUCAAAGGAGAUCGUGUAAUGGUGAUGGUUGGAAAAGAUAAAGGAAAAAUUGGGAUAAUAAACUCUAUUAUUAAAGAGAGAAACUGGGUUUUUGUAGAUGGCUUAAAUGUAGAGUACAAAACAGAACAAGCAUCUCCAGACACUCCUCCAACUUGUAUUCGUACUGAGCAACCACUAUUAGUACCUGAUCAAGUAAAGUUAAUUGAUCCAGGCGAUAAUGAACCCACUGAUAUCGACUGGAGAUAUAAAGAAGAUGGCCGAAAAGUCCGUGUAUCAUCUCGAAGUGGAAGGAUUAUCCCUAAGCCUGUUGGAGCCGAUGAAUUAGAAGAUUUUGUAACACCAGCUACAUAUUUAGAGAAUACCGAAAAAGACACAACUGAAAAAGAAGUUACAGAAGUAACUUAUAAACCGAAAUUAUUAACUUUUGAAGAAGAAAUUAAUAAAAUUAUGGGAAUAGAAGAAACAAAAAAAAGAGCCAAAACCUAUUGGAACCAUGUCUUACGGACAGAAUGCGGCACAACCAAGACAAAAAAAAAAGCGAAGGAAUUUUAUCUAAUAAAUUUUGAUAGAGGAAGAAAACGGAUAAUGUGUGAAUUUUAUAUGGGUUAUAAAUAUCAAUUGGCUUUUAAGGUAAAUUCUGGUAUUUUAUUGUUUAUGGAAGAUGUCGAUGCAAAAGGUCAAGUAAUGAUGUGGGGACAAAACCAAUACAUGGACAGCGGUGUUCAAUCAGGAGUUACUACAGGCGCUCAAAGCGUUGCGAAUAGUAUGCACGAUGAUCUUGAACCUCCGCCCCCACCUGCUCCACCUGGCGAAGGUAUGGAUACUUCAACUAUGUUGUACGAUAUGGAUCAACAACAAUACGCUCCCGCCAAUGACGAUAUUGAUGAGAUGCAAUUAAAUCAAUCAAGAUCGGCUCGCGUUAGAGCUGCAAUGUUUCCAGAAACUUUGGAAGAAGGAGUACAAAUACCGGGAACUCAAGUUCAUCCGGAUCAAGAGACCGCCGUCCAAAGACUAUCGGAACCGUCUCAAAUGCUCAAGACGGCUGUUGUCAACCUCAUCAACUAUCAAGAUGAUGCCGAUUUGGCUACGAGAGCUAUUCCAGAGUUAACAAAGCUAUUAAAUGAUGAAGACCAAGUAGUUGUUUCCCAAGCAGCGAUGAUGGUCCAUCAAUUGUCGAAAAAAGAAGCUUCCAGGCAUGCUAUAAUGAAUUCCCAACAAAUGGUGGCCGCUCUGGUUAGAGCUAUGUCUAAUACGGCUGACCAUGAGACGACCCGCUGUGCUGCGGGAACUCUUCACAAUCUUUCCCACCAUAAGCAAGGCCUCUUAGCUAUUUUUAAAUCUGGUGGUAUUCCAGCCUUGGUAAAAUUACUUGGGAGUCAUAUUGAAAGUGUUUUGUUUUACGCAAUAACAACACUACACAACCUCCUCCUACACCAAGAUGGGGCCAAAAUGGCAGUGAGACUAGCAGGGGGUUUGCAAAAAAUGGUAGCCUUAUUACAACGCCACAAUGAUAAAUUUCUGGCAAUCACUACCGACUGCCUUCAAAUAUUAACAUAUGGCAAUCAAGAAUCAAAAUUAAUCAUAUUGGCAAGCGGGGGACCGGCUGAACUUGUACGAAUUAUGCGUCAAUACAAUUAUGAAAAGCUUUUAUGGACAUCUUCCAGAGUCCUAAAAGUAUUGUCUGUAUGUGCUAACAAUAAGGCAGCCAUUGUCGAGGCAGGUGGCUUACAAGCAUUAGCUUUACAUCUGUCUUCUCAAAGUGUUCGCUUAGUACAAAAUUGCCUGUGGACACUUAGAAACCUCUCAGAUGCCGCGACUAAAGUGAACAAUUUGGAUGACCUUUUACAGAUGCUCAUUCAUUUAUUAUCAAAUCAGGAUGUCAAUAUCGUUACUUGCACGGCUGGUAUACUCAGUAAUCUUACAUGUAAUAAUCAACAAAACAAGAUGGCAGUUGUUCAAAGAGGAGGUGUUGAGGCUUUAGUGAGAACUAUUUUGCAAGCCGGCGAUAGAGAAGACAUUACAGAACCUUCAAUUUGUGCUCUAAGGCAUUUAACUUCCAGACACGAACAAGCACCAGUUGCGCAAGACAUUAUCAGGCAACAGUACGGACUUCCUGUUCUUGUUAAGCUUCUUCAUCCGCCCAGUAGAUGGCCGUUAAUAAAGGCUGUAGUUGGUUUAAUCAGAAAUUUGGCUCUUUUACCCUCAAACCAUACACCUUUGAGAGAGCACGGUGCCCUUCCAAGAAUCGUCCACUUAAUGGUAAAAGCUCAUCAAGAUACACAACGUCGACAAGGAGCACCCCCAAAUCAAACUGAUGGUAUUCGUAUGGAGGAAAUAGUUGAGGCAUGCGUCGGCGCCCUUCAUAUACUUGCCAGGGAUGUUACAAACAGAAACGUUAUUCGAAACUUAGACGCUGUACCCAUUUUCGUUCAAUUGCUAUAUUCAAACAACGAAAAUGUGCAGCGAGUAGCAACAGGCGUUCUUUGCGAACUUGCUUCGGACAAGGAGGGUGCCGAGAUGAUUGAGAGAGAGGGUGCUACAAGCCCGCUUACGGAACUUCUUCAUUCUCAUAACGAAGGGGUUGCAACCUAUGCUGCCGCUGUACUUUUCCGUAUGUCAGAAGAUAAACCCAAUGACUAUAGAAAGCGGUUGUCUAGUGAAUUGACAAAUUCAUUAAUGAGAGGAGAAAGUAGUGCUGCUUGGGUGGACCCAAAUGAUAGCCGAGACAGUAGACAAGGAUUUGAUCAUUACGGUCCCGUGGACGGUAAUUAUCCACAAAAUAAUCAGAACACUUCGCAAGAUUCUCAAGGUCAGAUGGCUGCUUGGUUCGACACUACUCUCUAA